AUGUGGUCUGCUCCAGAAUCUAAUGACUCAAAGGUGAACAGUCAGCUCGAGACUUCCGCCCCUUUUGCGUGCGUCGGCGAUGGUUCCAGGGCUCUUUGUUUCCAGCGCACGGAUGGCUCGCAUCAAUCACGCCGAGCUCUCGGCGGAUACAUCAGCGUCGCCCACUCGGCCUCGCCUUUGUCCGGCGGGAGGAAUAAUCGAUAUCGCCGGCGGCCAAGCGUCGGACACAUGCGGACUGACGCCCUAACCAACGCGCGGCGGCCCGGCUACCUGCAUUUGAGCCUCCGGUACCAAUCCAAA